AUGGCUUCAAGUCCACCAAAGAAGACCUUAAACUCACAAUCCUCCUCCUUAAGCCGGCCUCCACAAGCCGUCAAGUUCGGUCGCCGGACGUCCAGUGGCCGCAUUGUUAGCCUCUCCCGCGACGAUGACAUGGACGUCUCUGGUGAUUACUCCGGCCAAAGCGACUACAUCAACUACACCGUCCUCAUGCCUCCUACACCGGACAACCAGCCCGCUGGCUCCUCCGGGUCCACCUCCGAGUCGAAACCCGACGCUAACCGCGGCGGUGGUGGCGACGGCUCCAAGAUGGGGAACAAGCUGGAUAGGAGACUAUCUGUGAUGAAGUCGAAUAACAAAUCAAUGCUGUUGAGGAGCCAAACAGGAGAUUUCGAUCACAACAGGUGGUUGUUUGAAUCCAAAGGCAAAUACGGAAUCGGAAACGCGUUUUGGUCGGAAGAGGAUGAUACCGGUGAUGGUGGCGUUAGCAUGUCAGAUUUCUUUGACAAGCCAUGGAAACCGCUCACCAGGAAAGUUCAAAUCCCCGCCAAAAUUCUUAGUCCAUACAGGCUAUUGAUCCUGUUUCGUCUCGUGAUAGUCUUCUUCUUCCUCUGGUGGCGUAUCACGAAUCCUAACGAGGAUGCAAUGUGGCUAUGGGGACUAUCGAUAGUGUGCGAGAUUUGGUUCGCCUUCUCUUGGAUUCUCGACAUUCUUCCAAAGCUAAACCCUAUAAACAGAGCCACGGACCUAGCUGCCUUGCAUGACAAGUUUGAGCAGCCUUCUCCGUCAAACCCUACUGGUCGCUCUGAUCUUCCCGGUGUUGAUGUGUUUGUUUCCACAGCUGAUCCUGAGAAGGAACCGCCUUUAGUCACCGCAAACACUCUCCUCUCCAUCCUCGCCGUGGAUUAUCCGAUCGAGAAGCUCUCUGCUUACAUUUCAGACGACGGUGGUGCUAUUCUCACCUUUGAAGCCAUGGCUGAAGCUGUUCGCUUUGCCGAGUAUUGGGUGCCAUUUUGCAGGAAACAUGACAUAGAGCCGAGAAACCCUGAUAGUUACUUUAGCAUCAAGAAAGACCCGACCAAAAACAAGAAAAGGCAAGAUUUUGUGAAAGACCGUCGUUGGAUCAAGCGUGAGUACGACGAGUUCAAAGUCAGGAUCAACGGUCUUCCAGAGCAAAUCAAGAAAAGAGCUGAGCAGUUCAACUUGAGAGAAGAGCUCAAGGAGAAACGAAUCGCAAGAGAGAAAAACGGCGGCGUAUUGCCUCCGGAUGGUGUUGAGGUGGUCAAAGCAACGUGGAUGGCUGAUGGCACGCAUUGGCCAGGAACGUGGUUCGAACCUAAACCUGACCAUUCAAAAGGAGACCACGCCGGAAUCCUACAGAUCAUGAGCAAAGUUCCUGAGCUUGAACCGGUUAUGGGCGGACCGAACGAAGGCUCGCUGGAUUUCACCGGUAUCGAUGUACGAGUACCAAUGUUUGCGUACGUCUCGCGUGAGAAACGUCCAGGUUUUGACCACAACAAGAAAGCCGGUGCCAUGAACGGUAUGGUUAGAGCUUCAGCUAUACUAUCAAACGGCGCCUUCAUCCUCAAUCUUGACUGUGAUCACUACAUAUACAACUCCAAAGCUAUCAAAGAAGGAAUGUGUUUCAUGAUGGACCGUGGUGGCGACCGAAUCUGUUACAUUCAGUUCCCACAACGGUUCGAAGGCAUCGACCCGUCCGAUCGUUACGCAAAUCACAACACCGUCUUCUUCGACGGUAACAUGAGAGCACUAGAUGGGUUACAAGGUCCGGUCUAUGUCGGAACUGGUUGUAUGUUUCGAAGGUAUGCUCUCUAUGGGUUUAACCCACCACGAGCCAACGAGUACUCGGGCAUGUUUGGUCAGGAGAAAGCCCCGGCUUUGCAUGUCCGGACUCAGUCUCAAGCUUCUCAAACGUCUCAGGCCUCAGAUGUAGAGUCCGACACACAGCCACUCACCGAUGAUCCAGAUCUUGGUCUGCCUAAAAAGUUUGGUAACUCAACCUUGUUCACAGACACUAUUCCAGUUGCAGAGUAUCAAGGACGGCCUCUCGCCGAUCAUAUGUCGGUUAAAAACGGAAGACCGCCCGGUGCUUUGCUCUUGCCACGUCCUCCUCUCGAUGCUCCAACCGUCGCUGAAGCCAUCGCCGUCAUUUCCUGCUGGUAUGAAGACAAUACGGAAUGGGGAGAUAGAAUCGGAUGGAUUUACGGGUCGGUUACUGAAGACGUGGUGACCGGUUACCGGAUGCAUAACCGGGGAUGGAGGUCGAUAUACUGCAUCACAAAGCGUGAUGCCUUCCGUGGCACGGCUCCGAUUAAUCUCACUGACCGUCUCCACCAAGUGCUACGUUGGGCGACUGGCUCUGUGGAGAUCUUCUUCUCCAAGAACAACGCAAUGUUCGCCACGAGACGGCUCAAGUUUCUCCAGCGAGUCGCUUACCUCAACGUCGGGAUCUACCCGUUCACGUCCAUCUUCUUGGUCGUCUACUGCUUCCUCCCUGCGCUCUGUCUCUUCUCCGGCAAAUUCAUCGUCCAGAGCCUCGACAUUCAUUUCCUCUCUUACCUUCUCUGCAUCACCAUUACUUUAACUCUUAUCUCCCUCCUUGAGGUCAAAUGGUCCGGGAUCGGACUGGAAGAAUGGUGGAGGAACGAGCAGUUUUGGCUCAUCGGAGGCACGAGCGCGCAUCUCGCGGCGGUCGUGCAAGGACUGCUAAAAGUCAUCGCCGGGAUCGAGAUCUCGUUCACGCUGACGUCGAAAUCAGGAGGAGAAGACGAAGACGACGUGUUCGCGGAUCUUUACAUAGUGAAGUGGACGGGGCUGUUCAUAAUGCCGCUGACGAUUAUUGUGGUGAACCUUGUGGCGAUUGUGAUCGGAGCUUCGAGGACGAUAUACAGUGUGAUUCCGCAGUGGGGGAAGCUGAUGGGAGGAACGUUCUUUAGCCUUUGGGUGUUGACUCAUAUGUAUCCGUUUGCUAAAGGGUUGAUGGGACGGAGAGGGAAAGUUCCGACGAUUGUUUAUGUUUGGUCAGGGCUUGUGUCGAUUACCGUGUCUCUACUUUGGAUCACCAUUAGUCCUCCGGAUGAUGUUACAGGCGGUGGAGAUAUCUCAGUGUAA